AUGAAGGAGACUAGCGUAAAUAUCCCUAGAAGCUCACUGGGUACGGCUCUCUGCAACUGGUACAAUUCUGCAGCCUGUCGGUCUGGGUUUGUUCCGAAGGUGGCUAUAGCAAUGGGGUUCGUACUCUGGAAUAACAAUACCGUAUCGUCUGACGACUUCUUGAAGCCUAAGACAGCAGCCUUGUGGUGGAAGCGCGUCAUUAUGAAUGCUUAUAAAGUAGGCAAGGGUUCGUCCAUAGAUACCAAGGCACACAUAUUGGUUUUGAAACACUGGAUUGAAGCUAUUGAUCCAAGGCAUCGUUAUGGGAACAAUUUACAACUAUACUAUGAAGAGUGGUUUAAAAGCUCCACCAAUCAGCAUUUCAUUUUUUGGUUGGAUUUUGGAGAUGGCAAAGAGGUUGAUCUUGAAGAGUGCCCAAGAUUAAAGCUCGAUCAACAAUGUGUCAAGUAUUUUGGACCACAAGAGAGAGAAUGUUACGAGUACGUGGUUGUUGAUGGAAAAAUACUGCAAAGUAUAACCAGAAUUCCUCUUCACCAUGGAUCUCCACAAUUUAAAUAUAUCUUCGUAGUGAGCACAUCUAAGAAACUCUACAUUGGAGAGAAAGAGAAAGGAAUUUUCCAUCAUUCAAGUUUUCUUGCGGGAGAAGCUAUUCUAACCGCUGGGAGACUCUUGGUAGAAUUUGGAGUGCUUAAGGGGAGAUGUUAUAUGGUAGAUUUGUUUGGCGCAGGUGGCGGCGGCGGAUUUGGUUGA